AUGGACAGCCGCAACCGACCUUCCACAUGGCAGUUCCGCCUUGGCCUCUCUUUGAAACCAAUGCUCCCCCUCACUCCGCCCCGUGGUCAAUUGCUCAUCAUCAUCUUCUUCCUGGUGAACAUCUUUGCCAGCGGUCUAGCGUUUCUUAAUUUUGUGGUUCAUUGGGUUCUCAGAACCGCGGCGAUGUUUCAGCGCCUUCGCGACGCCAUCGACUCUCGCAUCGCAGAGGAACAAGCCCGCCAAAAAUCCGCCCAGGAUAAUAUCUCCCGCACCAACUCCACUCGUCGUCCCCCCGGACGUAACCAAUCCCCGAGUCGGCGCACCCGCCCGAGACGCAACACCGGCACCCCCGUCAGGGGACCCGACCCCAAGGAGUUUGAAGCUGAAUUCGCCAUCGGUGACGACGAUGAAUCUAGCAGAGCCGGAACUCCUUCAACAGAUACACCUGGAGCUGCUUCGGAAGUAAGCGCUUCCAACGACGGAGAAGGCACAGAGAUGGCCGAAGGCAAAACGGCGGAAACGCCCGACAAAGAGACAGCACAGCAAACAGAGACCAAGGAGAUCCCGAAUGUGCUCCCGCCAGAUGUUCGCGCAAAGCUCCGACGACUCGAUAAGCUGGAGUCCCGAUACCAUGAACUGCUCAAGGCUUACCGCACGGCUCACUCGCGCGUCCUAUCCAUCGAGCCUUUUGAGGCUGCUCUACGAGAGAACACCCCGCUCACCUCGAUCGCCGAACCCAAAGCAUUCACGGAAUACCUCAACCAAUCUGCCCUGAAAAGUGACAUGGUCAUGGAAGAGCUGAAGCGCGUUACGGGAGAAAGAGAGGACUUCAGAAAGAAGUUUGAAGCAGCACAGCAGGCUACAAAAGAGGCCUUGGACGAGUUAACUGGCCUCAAGGAGAAGCCGCGUGAGACAAGCAAGGCUACAGACGGAACCAAGGAGGAGACCAGCGAAGAGUUCUUCUCGUUUGAUAACGAAGUUCCCCGAUUGGAAGGUGAACUCAAGGAAAAGCAAGAAGAGGUCGAAAGCCUUAAAGUCGAAGUUGAGAAGCUCAAGCGCGAUAUAUCCGUCACUCGCGAGUCCACGGAAGGCAUGGUGCAGAACCUGGAGACAGCUACUCGUGAGCUCGUCGAGCUACGCGAAACCAAAGACAAGUUGGAUGCUGAAAUUGAAACUUUGCAAACCUCUAAGAAGGCCGAUAUCGAUGACUUGAAAGAAAAGCUAGCGUCUGCGGGAUCAUCUCUUGAAUCAACCACAUCGGAAGUUGAGAAGCUCAAAUCGCAACUCAAAGAGAAGAGCGAAGAAAUCGAAAAGCUUCAGAAGCAGGCUUACGAAAAGGUUGAGCCUGAUUCGGAACUCGUGGCUCAAUUGGAAAAGACUAAGGAGGAAAAGCAAUCCGACGAGAAAAAGCUGGUUGUGCUCCAGGGCCUAGUCGAUGGUCUCCGAACCCAGCUUAAGGAUACUGAGUCUACCGUUUCUAACUUGAAGACUGAGAUUAACGAGAAGUCUACAAGCUCUGCUAAACUUCAAGACAUUUUCGACUUCGUGGAUGAGAACCUGAAGAAUAACACGGCGUGGGUAAAGGCCAGGGAGACGAUUUUCGCUGGAGAUUUAGCCGACUUCAAUGAGGUUGUCAAGAGCCUGACGCCAGCCCAGGAAGCAUCCACUCUUACUGUCCCUGCUGUUACUCCUGCUCCUACCCAAGAUGAGGCACAGCUAACUCAAGCCGCUGGCGGUGUUGGCGCGGGAGGAAAGAAGAAAAACAAGAAAAAGAAGAAGGGCGGUAAAGCAGAGGAGCCUUCGAAACCGGCUGACGCAGCUCCUGUCGAUCAACCACCCCAAGCAGCGUCUGCCCCGGCCACCAGAGAGCUAGAAGAGCUCAAGGAGAAGAUCCAAUCUCUCACUAAACAACUUUCGGACAAGGAGGCUGCCAUUGACCGUCUCAGCUCUAAACUGAAAGGCGAAGAGGAUUUGAAGGAGGAGAUCGAGUCUCUGCGCGAUGACAUUGUCAACUUGGGUCAGGACCAUGUAGCAGCUAAAGACAAGAUCAAGGAGCUUUCAGCAGAAAAGUCUGCACUCGAAGAAACCAUCAGCAAGCUGGAGAAGGAACUGGUGGACCUCCGCACCAGUAGCGCGUCAACUACAGCCGACUCGGAGAAGGUGCACACGUCUCUCAAAGAGGAAUUCGAGAACCUCAAGGUUCGCUCUGCUACUUUGGAGACAGAUCUUUCCGCUGCCCAACAGCUGGCUGCCACUCGUUUCAAGGAUCUUACAGACCUGCGGGAAACUCUUCAGAAGGUCCAACCAGAACUGCGCAGCCUACGUGCCGAGUCCUCCGAGUUGAAGACCCUGAAAGAAACACUCACCAGCAAGAAUUCUGACUUGAAGGCCCUCGAGGGUAAGCAUGAGGAUCUGCGUGCUGAACUGAAGACUGCGAAGUUGAAGAUCUCGGAGCGAGAGACAGAAUUGGGCUCUCUCAAUAAGAAGAUCCGCCAGGAGACUGACACCCGAUUGAAGGCCGAGGAGAACCUCUCUGUUGCUCAAUCCAACCUGCGAUCUGCCGAGAGCAAGAAACAAGAUGCUAUCAAUGCCAGAGACAAAAUCAUUGGCGACCUCUCCAAGUCCCAGGAUGGGUUGAAGAGUGCCCGGACUAAGAUGCGGGAGAUGGAUGAACAGAUUUCCCAGCUGAACAAGGAGCUCGGCAGCCUUCGAGAUGAGAUCCAGCUAAAGACAGCCCAGCACAGUAGCGCCCAGAGUCUAAUGAACAGCAUGCGUGACCAGACUGGGGAAGUUGCAAUGCAAAUGAAGGAGGCCCGUGAGCGAUGCGAAAGCCUGGAUGAAGAGCUGGCUGACGCCCACCGUCUGCUUAGCGAGCGAACUCGUGAAGGCGAGACCAUGCGCCGCUUGCUCAAUGAUAUUGAGAGUCGUUCGGAGUCCAAGGUGCGAGACUUCAAAGAACGCAUGGAGGCUGCUAUCGAAGAGCGAGAUCGUGCCGAAGACGAGGCCAGCACUCAAGGCCGACGUCGUGCCCGUGAAAUGGAAGAACUAAAGGGCAAGGUGCGCGAAGCUGAACGAGCUUUGCGCACGGCAGAGCAGGACAAGGAGGAACUUGAACAGUCCCAAAAGGACUGGCGUCGCCGUCGUGAUGAGCUGGAAUCGGUCUCUGAACAGUCAUCACAGGAGGUGACGGAGAUUCGACAGGCCAUGGCCGGUCUUCGCGAUGCGCUCGAUGAAAGUGAGAAGCAAGUCCGUGAUCUUGAAAAGGACAAGGCAGAGCUUCGUCGCUCUGUGGAGGAGACAAGUAACCGACUAGAGAAGCUCCGGAGAUCUCACAAGACACUUGGAGAAGACGUCCGUCUACGUGGGUCCCCGACUGGUCGACCGUCCUCGCGGUCAUCUAUAGAUUCGGGCUCUCGGCGAGCAAUCGUCUCUCCCGGCAGAAGCGAAACUCCUGUCGGCCCCCCCAUCAACGCAUCCAUUGACUACAUGUAUCUGAAGAACGUUCUUCUGCAAUUCUUGGAACAGAGGGACAAGAACUACCAGAAGCAGCUGAUUCCUUUCAUCUGCGAACUAGCUGACUACGAAAAAGCCCUUCAUGAAGUUGAAGCUACCGAAGAAUCCCUCCUAGCAACCCUCUCCUUCCCCGGUACCCCGCCCAAGCGCGGCUCCGUAUACACAGCUCUCAUCAUCCCACCUCCGACCGCCGAUACCCCAAACCCGGUCCCUGUCGGCAUGGCCCUGUACUUCUACAAUUAUUCGACCUGGCGCUCCGCCCCCGGUAUCUACCUCGAGGAUUUGUAUGUGCAGCCCAGCGCACGCGGCAAUGGGUACGGCUUCAAGCUGCUCAAGUACCUUGCGAAGCAGGUGCUUGAGGUGUCGGGUCGGCGGUUGGAGUGGAGUGUGCUCACAUGGAACGAGCCCAGCAUUAAGUUCUACGAGCAAGUUGGUGCACGCGGCAUGGAUGAGUGGAUGAAGAUGAUGGUUGAGGGUGAUGCCUUGACACGUUUGGCGGAGGGAGCUUAA